AUGCUGCGCGAUGACGUUGAGCAUGUGGAGGCCUGGACCCCACCGAUCGAGGGGUGGCGGGCGCUGCUGAUGGCCGCUGCCAGCGGCCUGUUAAUGGUAGCCGUGUGCUUGCUGAUCGUGAUCCCCUCCUUCUACGCCAACCUCGAUUCUGGCGGGGGCGAGCAUGUGUGCCCAAGCCCGAGUGUCCUGCCGCCGCUUCGAGAGGCAGUGCCGUUCGAUGUGCAACUGAAUCCAGUAAUGGCAGCGAAGAAACUGCCCAAGCUACAAUCCUUCGCCUGGGCUCUCGAUGGCUCGUCGGGGCGGUGGCUCCUCGUGGGUGGCCGCACCGGGGGCUUGCAUGGCUUCCAGCCCAACGACUCCUUCCCGACCGCGCAGCAGAACCGCCAUUUCCACGUCCUUGACCCGGGCCAGGGCUUUGCGAGCUGGAAGCUCAGCGUGCUCGAUCUGCCCUCGGUGGAGCUUGCCGAUGCGCUGCAGGCCACCAACGCGCUGCACAUGCAGGACGCCGAUCGGCUCUACGUGGUGGGCGGCUACGGCUACUCACGCACGCAGAGCGGAUUCGUCACGCACGACCUGAUGAUCUCCAUCGACGUUCCGCUCGCCGUGCGCGCAGUUAUGGCGCAGAACGCGACGCUCUUGGCCAGCGCCAUCCGGUCCGUGCGCGAACCGCGGCUCCAGCUCUCUGGUGGCGGAUUGCAGAAGCUCGGUGGCUGGUACUUCGCCGUGCUGGGCGCCCACUUCCAGGGUAUCUAUCCCGCCCCAAACUCAAGCACCGCCUACUCGCCCACAAUCAAGAUGUUCAAGGUGGUGGAUGAGCCGCCGAGCGGGCUCCAGGUGGUGCAGUUCCAGCAGCUCAAUGCCACGGGGAACCAGGUGGAGCAGUGGCACAGACGCGACUUACACGUGCUCCCUGCGGUGCUCCCCGGCGGCCAGGAAUUCGGAAUCAGCGUGUACGGCGGCGUCUUCACGCCCUCGAACUCGCUUCCCUUCCUGUACCCCAUAGCCAUUACGAUGCCCGACGGCGCGCACGUCCAUGUCAAGACCAACUACGGCUACCAGCAGCUGUUUUCCCAGUACGAGUGCGCCACGAUGGUCACCUACGACAACGCCACGGGUAGCUACAUGACCACGUUCUUUGGAGGGAUGGGUCUGUCAUACGUGACGGACUGCAAUGAGAUCGUGCAAGACAUCCGCACGCCCUUCGUCAAUGUCGUCUCCACGAUGACUCGCUUAGCCGACGGCACCAUGACCGAGCGAGUGCACGCCAAGUCCUUCUUGCCGGGGCUUCUCGGCACCAACGCAGCAUUCGUUCCGCUGCCCGAUGUGCCCCUUCUCGUUGGGGACGUGAUCGAUUUGGCCCGGCUCAAGGCGUUCAAGACCGGCCGUUCGACGCUGGUGGGGCACAUGUACGGAGGGAUCGUGGCCGAGAAGCCUAACUUUGGGUCGACCGACGCCUCCGACCUCGUCUUCGCCGUCUACAUCACCAAGCUGGGGGACGAUAAAUAA